CUCUCUUCAGUCUUCACACUGCUUCAGGCCUCAAUGAAAUUAGCUGUUGUGAGAGAAGCAGAAGCUCAAGAGAAUCCUCUGCUUCUCGAGCGUCUCUCUCUUUCAUCUCCAGAGAAUCCUCUCCAUGUCUCAGCCUUCGCAGGCCAAGCCACAUUCACGGCAGAGAUCUUGCGUCACAACCAUGGUUUAGCUCUGGAGCCGAACCAACAAGGGUUUAGCCCUCUUCAUAUUGCUUCAGCCUCAGGGAACAUAGAAGUUGUGAGAGUGCUCCUAAGUGUUGGCCGGAAACGUGAUGUCUGCUUCUUGAAGGACAAAGACGGUUUGAUUCCUCUUCACUGCGCAGCGCAGAGAGGAAGAAUCGAAGUCAUAAGAGAGCUGGUUUCGUCUUUCCCUGAAUCUCUAGAGGAAGUAACGGCUUCUCUUGAGACCCCUCUUCAUGUUGCUGUUAAGAACAAUCAAGUGGAAGCUACAAAGUUGUUGCUGGAAGAGAUCAAGAAUCAUAACAUACCAUGGGGGAUCGUUAACCAGGAAAAUCGAGAAGGUAAUACAGUCUUGCAUCUUGCAACACUUGGGAAACAGCUUCAGGCAAGUGAGGAAGCAAUAAUCCGUGGAUCGGUAGAUGCAAAUAAACAAAACAGAAGCUGGUUAACACCAAAGGAUAUUCUCGACGUGGUUAUUGAAACCGACGGAGGAAGCAGUGUUUCUGAAAUGUACAGGGUUGUUCAAAUCUUUCAGACAGCUGAAGCAAGGAACGCAAGGGAGAAACGUAAAGACCGUAAACCAGUUGGCCUUAGUAGAAAUCCUUUUCGUAUGAUUAAGAAGUAUCUAGACUACGAGAUUACUAAUUCCACACUUGAACAGCGCGAAACUCUAUUGGUUGUUGCAACACUCAUAGCAACACUUACAUUCACUGCAGUCCUUCAGCCUCCAGGAGCUUUCAGAGGUGAAGACUCUAAUGGUGGAUCUGGAUCACAGAACAACAACAACAACAACCGAAUUAUAAACACUAUUUUCGGUUCCAGGAACAGCACUGAAGGACAAGCAAUCAUGGCAGCUAGUCCUGUUAACUUCACUCUCUACGCUGCCUUCAACGCGGUUGGCUUCUUGGCUUCAGUUACAAUGAUCUCGCUGCUAACUAAAGGGUUCCCUCUGAGAAAUUGGAUAAGGCUUUGCAUUAUCUCAAUUGUUGCUACUUACCUGAUUGCAAUCUUCUAUAUAGCACCAGCUGAGAAGAUAUUCUCGCUGGUGGUUCUAGGUGUAUCGUUGCUCUUGGUUCUUCGUGAGAUACUGUCCGGGCUUGGAUUAAAAGCCAACAUACAAGCUUCCGUCGUCUGCAAGGCAUGGUGCGAAGCAGCUGUCUCUGUUCGCAAGUUACAGCCUCCUCCUUUGCUUUUUCUUCAUUCACAUCACGCAGUGCCUCCUCGUAAUUACGUUAUUCCUCACCCAUUACGGUUUCGACCAUGUAAGCUCGAAUUACCAGGGUUGCAUUUUCCCCCUAAAUCCACUUUUUCAAAGGAUGGUUGGGUGCUUGCGAGAAAAAGCGGGCCCUUUUAUGCUAGUACACUUCUUCUUAACCCGUUUACCCGUGAGAGCUUCUACUUACCCCCAAGGAGACACGAACACAGAUCCCGUUUUUUAGCUUUCUCAGCCGCUCCUACAUCACCUAGCUGUAUGGUCAUCUCCUACAUCCAACUACGAUCCUGCGGAUCUGUUUUCAUCGAUACUUGGCGGCCUGGUGAAACCGAAUGGACUACACACUGCUUUGAGAACCAGUUACCCUUUCGCUAUUGGCCCAAAUGUGUCUUCUCCAAUGGCAUGUUCUACUGUCUAAGUGAAUGCGGCUAUCUUGGGGUUUUCGACCCCUCUAAAGCAACAUGGAAUAUUCUUCCAGUGAAACCAUGUCCGGCCUUUGAUCAGUAUGAUUACUCUCAUAACCCAGUGUUUAUGACGGAGCAUGAAGGAGACAUCUUUGUUAUUUAUAUACACUGCUACAACAACAUCCCAACCGUGUUUAAACUGAAUUCUAAACACAAGGAAUGGCAAGAGAAGACAGAUCUUGGUGGCUUGACAAUAUAUACAAGUUGGCCUGCCUCUUUUGUAAGAGCUGGUCUCUCCACUGAGCACAGGAACAAAAUAUAUUCAUCUCGUCUUGAUUUAUUUGGGCGGUAUGGCAUGUACUACUCCCUCGGUGAUGCUAAAGGCUCCGAUCCCCCUCGAGAUCACCUAGCGACUCACCACAUCCUUUGGGUGGAGCCACCUCACAACAACUUUCAUUUAAAGAGAGAGAGAGACAUGAAGAAGAGUCCGAUAAUGGAGGCUGCUCGAAAAGGAGAUGUCGAUGUUUUACUCCGAUCAACGGAAUCUGAUCCGAGUCUUCUUGAAGUUAUUGUAAUUAACGGCGACGAAACUCCGUUACACGUUGCCUCCAUGUACGGACACUUGAGUUUCGUCAGAGAAAUCCUCAAACUAAGAGAGAGUCUCGGAAGAGAAUUGAACAAAGACGGAUUUACACCUCUGCAUAUAGCAGCAUCCAUGGGCCACGUUGAAGUCGUGAGAGAGCUUUUGGAUAAGCUAAGUAGUGAGAUCUGUUUGAUCAAAGGUAAAGAGAGAAAGAUUCCUCUUCAUUACGCUGCUAUGAGAGGAAGGGUUUGUGUUCUUGAUGAGUUAGUGUCUUCAAAUCCGGAAUCUCUUGAAGAAAUCACGGCUCGUGGAGAGACAGUGCUUCAUCUUGCGGUUAGAUUCUGUCAGUUUGAUGGAUUCGUUGUUUUGUUGGAACGUCUUAAGGAGUUUGAUAAGCUUUUUGUGUUGAAUAAGAAAGACAAUGGAGGCAACACGGUUUUGCACUUAGCUGUUCAGAAACGACAGUACGAGGUGAUUGACUUGUUGCUUGGCUCUAAAGAAUCUAAUAACACAAUCGCACGAGACUUCAUUGAAGUGAACUCUUUAAACUCUAAUGGCUUCACACCUCUUGAUGUGUUAUUUCACUUUGGAGGUGAACCAGAAGACCCAGAGAUUCAUCAGAUUCUCUGUGAAGCAGGAGCUGUAAGAUCAAGAGAUCUUGACACAAGACAAGAAACAACAACAGAGAAUGAAACAACACAAUCAGAAGAAUCUCUGAUGACUCACAAGCAAUGGCUAGAUUACUUCAAGUACAAGAAAGACAGAGUCUCACCUAACGAAGUUCGUAAUGUGUUACUGGUUAUCGCGAUUCUGAUAGCUACAGCAACUUAUCAAGCCGUGCUAAGUCCACCUGGAGGUGUUUGGCAAGAAGAUUACUGCAUUGAUGGAUAUUGUCAAGUAACUAACUCAAAAGGAAACAAAACUAAACCGGUUUAUUACGCAGGAACAACGAUAAUGGGAUCAAAGAGUUGGAUUUCUUACGGCAUUUUCAUCUUCUUAAACUCGAUCGGGUUUUUCACUUCUAUUGAACUAAUCUCUUUACUCACAAAAGGUCUCCCUUUCUAUCUUGAGCUACAAGUUUCAUUGACUGCUGUUGCCUUGACCUAUGGAUUUGCAAUGGCUGCACUUUCUCCUAAUUUCGGAUUAGGCUUGUUCUUCUUGGUGAUUUCCGUGGUAUUACCCAUCGCAGUAGCGAAAAUCCCGAGUCUAAUUCGAAAACAUGCCAAGAAAAUCAAAAUCUAUCCUCUAAGAAGCACUACAACGACAACCAGCUCCUAAAAUCCCAAGUUUCAAUCUCAACUUGCAAUUCCUCUGUUUCCUUUUACAUACUUUCUUGAUUGUUUUGUGUUCUUGAGUUGUAUAUUUCAAGAGACUUGAGUUAAAUAGUACUUUUGUUUUGCUCUUGUCAAUAACCAUUAUUUGUAUAAGCUCUAUCACAAGUCACAGUCUCUUAGCUUCUUUCAAAUUGGCUAUUUUGAAUGUGAUUUCUUUUUCGUUACACUCUGUCUCUCUGCUCUGCACAUGUUCUUUUGUUCCCUUUAUAGAAGAACCAGAAACAACAAAUCUUAUUCACCAAU